AUGUCUUCACAGUCGUCACGGGCAGAUUCACGUCAGGGUCGAGUACAAGCGCAAGCAGACGUGCCGGGUCAUACUACUAAAGAGCCUGGUGCCAGGCUGACCCGCACUCCUAGCCCAAACGUCUCGACGUUCCGUACAAGGUUUCCACUGUUUGGGCGCCGAACCAAGACGGCCCCGCCGGUCGAGAGUAGUGCAUCCGCUGCUGCUUCUGACAAGAAUGAGGGCGGAACCACGCGAAAGGGUCCUGCAGCUGGCACGGGGCACGAGGGUUAUGGUAGACUGGGAUCCGGCCGCCGCAGAAGCAGUAGUGUCAGUACCUUUCUCCGUGGCACCGGGUCAUCUCAGGAAAGUCUUGCGACCAGUCCCCAGUUUCAGGAUCCCUUCCUCCGCGACCGACUCAGUCCAGUUGUGAUUGCCGGGGGCGAGAUCAUUGAGAACCACAACAUUGGCUCCGAGCUGUCUCAGACCACCAGCGACACAAGUGCAAAUAGCGUGGGUUCACGCACCGCUCCCGCUCCUCCUCCUGCUGGGUAUCGUCGUCCAAGCACCGACUCGCGGGCCGACUCGGUCUCGUCGCGCGAAGAUCGUCUGUCUCUCUGGCCUUCGGCCAUACCUCGCGGAUCGCGCCAAAUGUCCCCUUCCCCUUUUGGCUUCCACGACAACUCUCACGGCGGUCGUCGACCUUCUGAUAGCAGCGACUCUGAAGUCGUGAUGAAAUCGACUCUUGCCUUUCGCCGUUCCGUACAACGCCUACGAUCGCCUGACCGUGCACAGGUCCGUGUGCCACGGCCCAUUGUUGUAAACCAACAAAACGGCGGUGUCCCAUCGUCCAUGACCAGCGCGGACAUGUCCAUCAUGACCGACGACUCUAUAUUGGAGGCCGGCCCCAAUACCGGUGCCGGCACUGGCCGCGGCCGCAAGGGCUCCUCAGGUCCCAACGAGAAGCCGCCGACAGUGACCAAGAAACUCACAAAGCGGGCACGAUCACCGCGCAAAUGGAACCUGUUCGGCCGCUCUCAGAGCCAGCCGGCGACUUCCAAAAAGGCUCUUCAGUCAACCUCAACCUUGGCUGUUACCGUGGAGGCCGCUACUAUACCGGCUGAAAAGAAGAAACCAGUUGCGUUCUACGCCAUGAUCGACUCGUCCGAACAGGAAGAUUACGAUAUGGAUGUCGAAGACAUUCUUCGCGAAGCGCGAGCUCUCGGUAACCCUACUAUGGCCGCUCAGUUCGGCAGCCGAGACAGACGUCCAUCCAUUGAGCAGACAGUCUUUGGAACCGGCGGACCGCCCGGGCAGCUGCCGCGGCUCCAGCCUACGCGUCGCAACAUCAGCAAGAACAGCAACAACGUCCUCCCGAGCCUGCAGUAUCAGCACAAGAGCAGCAGCAACAACGCCAGCAACACCGAUCAGAUAACGAACAGUCUCCCGUGA